AUUAUUGACUGCUUAGAUACAUAAUCAAAAGAUGGCGAAAUUAGACGACAUUUUUGGAAAGAAGAAGGAGGCGGCCCCCAUCUUAGAUUUGUCAAAAUCGAUACCCACCAACAAAGAAGAGUUUAGAAGGCUCUACGAUAAGGUGCCCGAUUUUAAGAUGAAAGCGGAGAAGGUUCGCGUUGAAGAUAUCAAGAUCAGGGACAAGGAUUUUAAGUUCAAGACGGGGAAGAAGGACUACAAGGUGUUUAAGGAACCGUACUUGUUUCAAAAUCCCAUCCCGCCCGAAAUGAGAAUUUUGAAGCUGGCCGAUUUGGUUACGAUUACGAUCGAUUGGAAGAUGCUAACGACGAUUCGACCCAAAUCAAAGGUCGAUGAAGACUUUUUUUCGAGGUUGGUGGAGCUGGGGAAAAUGGAAUUGAAAACCGCGGCGAGUGAUAGACGAGCGUUUGCCACCGAUCCACAAAUUAGAAAAACGAAAAACAAGGCCGGUGUGGUUGAGAUGCGUGUGGUUUCGUGUAAGGAGUGCGGCGAAGACUUUUGUAACGGUAAGGCUUGUACGAAGUUCAGCUACGAAUAUUUCACGCGAAUUGCGGAAAGUCCAGUUGCGUCACCCACCAAGCAGGUAAAUAUCGAUUUUAUGAAAGACAAAAAGAAGCCAAAGAAAACCAAGCAUAAAUCGCGUUCAAAGCGUAAAAAAAGUAAACGAAAAGGGCGAGGGAAAUCAAAGUCCAAAUCGAAAUCACCAAAAAAAAAUUCUGGGGAGAAACCAUAAUUUCUUAUUAAUUCUGAAUAUAAUGGUGCAUUAUAAGGAUUCGAAUACGCUUGUCAUCCAGUUUGUUUUGCUCAAAUGAGUUUUGUAGGAGAUUUUAUAAAAAUGUAUCACGUUGUAAUGGAAAUUUAUACAUACAGUUUGCAAAAUAAAGUUUUAAUAAUUG